AUGGCAAUGAAUGGUUGCCAAGAGGGGGCGCGGCCGCGGCGGGGGCUGGGAGGGACCGAUGCCGGGGAGCAGACCGGGGAUUCGCCGGUGGCCGGAGACUCGCAGCGGUCGCUUCCGACGCCGUUCCUCACCAAGACGUACCAGCUCGUGGACGAUCCGGGGGUGGACGAUUUGAUCUCGUGGAACGAGGACGGGACGACGUUCAUCGUGUGGCGGCCAGCGGAAUUCGCCAGGGAUUUGCUCCCCAAGUAUUUCAAGCACAACAAUUUCUCCAGCUUCGUUCGCCAGCUAAACACUUACGGAUUCAGAAAGGUGGUGCCGGAUCGGUGGGAGUUCGCCAAUGAUUGCUUCCGGAAAGGCGAGAAGGCCCUCCUCCGCGACAUACAACGCAGGAAGAUCUCCCCGACGGCCGCGGCCGCCGGGGCCGCGGCGGUGACGGUCGCCGCCGUGGGGGUGGCGGGGCUGACCGUGUCUCCGGCGAACUCCGGCGACGAGCAAGUGAUCUCGUCGAGCUCCCCGCCGGUGGCCCUCGCGACCGCCGCGGUCGCCGCCGCCUCGCCGUCCGUGGUGCACCGGUCGCCGAGCUGCACGACCGCGCCGGAGCUCCUGGAGGAGAACGAGCGGCUGAAGAAGGAGAACAUGCAGAUGAGCCAGGAGCUGUCUCAGCUGAGGGGGCUGUGCAACAACAUACUGUCGCUGAUGGCGAACUACGUCUCCCGCCAGUCCGACUCCUCCUCCGCCGCCCCGGAGGGGCAGGCCCUGGAGCUGAUGCCGGCGAGGCAGGCGGAGGCGGCGGAGGACUGCGCCGGCCCGCCGUCGGCGGCGGCGCUGGAGGAGGACGACGACGAGGAGGCCGCGACGGUCGCUCCGCGGUUGUUCGGGGUCUCCAUCGGGGGGAAACGGCAGAGGAUCGAGGAGAACAGCAGCAACGGCGGAGACGAAGAGAUGCGGGAGGCGGAUCGGGCGGCGCCGGUGCCACCCGACGAGCGUGAGCCCGGGGGGGAGGUGAAAUCAGAGCCGUUGGAUGGGAGCAGAGAUCAUCACGGGGGAGAAGACCCGUCGUGGCUCGAGCUCGGAAAAUGACAAAACCUCCUCGGCUGCGACGGACGUGACGGCGGAGACGAGGGGGCGUCGCUGCUUUGGGGUGAGCGGGUCACGCGCGUGGCGCGUGGGGGUGGCGCGUGGAGGGGGGGCCAUUAUGGGGAAAAGGAGAGCGAAAAAACUCGAAACUGAACCCCAGCGAAUUUUGCAAGAAAGUCAAAAUCAAAAUCCGCGGGCGAGCGAGAAUGUUGUAAAGGUAACUAAUAAUGCUCGCAUCGCCGAGGAAGACAAGAGGCGGGGGAAGCUGCACGUGCGAGCGAGCGAUUUUGUCCCCAAAUUAGAAUUCGGAAGUUGUGAUGUUUAACGCUUUUCGGGAGAAAAUUAGAGGAUGAAUCGAAGCUGGGCACGAAACGGUGUCUUUGGUCGGGCGGUAUCUAUUGAUGUUUGACUUUUUCUUUUUUCUUUUUUGACUUGAUGUAAGCCGUUGCGCACCUGAUUUGACUAGAAAUUUAGCUGUAACUGGAAGCGGAAGCGGGUUGCCAUCGAAUCUGGCCGGCUGGAUAAGAAUCUAAGGGAUUCAAUCCUUUGACCACUCGUGCUAUACUAUAAUUACGGGUGGUGGUUUUUUCUUUUAGGUGUGUCUGGUAUUGGCUGAAAUGGCAAGCUUGUGUCUUUGCUUUUUUAUCUGUGAUGUCGGGGGAAAUA